AUGAGCACCACAUCAACCAUCUCGGAAGCGGCAGCUGCGGCACGUAAUGCGGCCAAAGACGCACCGCAAGCGAUGAAGGCAGCAGCCGAGAAUCCUAGAAAGGCCACCAAGGACUUCCUACACACACCCUUUGUCCGCGCAGCUUUGCCUUUCAUCAACGGUGGACUUGCCGGUAUGGUUGCCACAUCGGUCAUCCAACCUAUCGACAUGAUCAAGGUGCGCCUGCAACUCGCCGGUGAGGGAGUCAAGACAGGACCCAAGCCUUCACCUCUCUCGGUCACUCGCGACAUCAUUGCCAAUGGUAAGAUUGGCGAUCUCUACACCGGCCUCAGCGCAGGUCUCCUCCGACAAGCCGUAUACACGACAGCUCGCAUCGGCAUCUUUGAUACCUUCAUGGGCACGCUGAGCAAGAGAGCCAAGGAUCAGGGCAAGCAGAUUGGCUUCUCUGAGCGUGCAGUGGCUGGUCUCUCGGCAGGUGGGUUGGCAGCCAUGGUUGGCAACCCAGCCGAUCUCGCCCUCAUUCGCAUGCAGAGCGAUGGCUUGAAGCCUGCCGGCCAGCGUGCCAACUACAAGUCAGUGUUUGACGCCUUGACUCGAAUCUCGCAGAAGGAAGGUGUCGCGGCUCUCUGGUCAGGUGCUGGACCUACUGUAGUCCGCGCCAUGGCUCUCAACUUUGGACAGCUCGCCUUCUUCUCGGAAGCCAAGAACCAGCUCAAGGACACAUCUCUGUCGCCUCGCACACAGACAUUGACAGCCUCAGCAGCCGCCGGCUUCUUCGCAUCGUUCUUCAGUCUGCCAUUCGACUUUGUCAAGACCAGACUGCAGAAGCAGACCAAGGGACCCAACGGUGAAGUUCAGUACAAAGGCAUGUUUGACUGCUUCAAGAAGGUUGCAGCCGAGGAGGGACCGUUGAGAUUCUACAGAGGAUUCUCGACCUACUAUGUGCGCAUUGCACCUCACGCUAUGGUGACACUGAUCGUGGCCGACUACCUUGGCUUCAUCACCAAGUAA